AUGGCUUCAUUUCCUUCAAAUUCUACAUCAGAUCAUACGAUGGCCAAUGCACAAUACAGCCACCCUCAAGCUUCCUCACCUUCUUUCAUGACUAGAGUGGCCAUGAGAAUAUCUAGAUCAAGAUGGUUUACCUUCUUGAGAAAAGUAUUCCAUUACCAAAAUGGACCAAGAUCUGAUCUUGGCUCCAACCCUUUCAAUUCUAGCACUUGGAUGAUGCUGGAGUUUAUUACUUUGCUGGUCCAGAUAUCAAGCACAACACUCACUUUGGCCAUUUCAAAGAGUGAGAAGCCUAUUUGGCCUAUGAGGGUGUGGAUAGCAGGUUAUGAUAUUGGCUGUGUCCUUAAUCUUCUGCUACUUUGUGGCCGGUACUAUCAACUCCAUGUAACUCAAGGAGGUGGUCUUACCCUUUCUGAUUUGGAGCAGCAGAGAAACAAUGAAGAAUCAAGUGUGUUGAGAGACUCACAUGUGAUGGAGAAAUGCAGAAGUUCUCUAGAGCUUUUCUUUGCCAUAUGGUUUGUGAUGGGCAAUGUUUGGGCCUUUGACUCACGUUUUGGGUCAUUCGAACAAGCUCCAAAACUGCAGGUGCUAUGCAUGAUCCUACUUGCAUGGAAUGCAAUAUGCUACUCUUUUCCUUUUCUGCUGUUUUUGCUCUUGUGUUGUUGUGUGCCACUGAUGAGCACCCUCCUUGGAUACAACAUGAGCAUGGGCUCCUCUGCUAGAGGGGCAUCUGAUGAUCAAAUCUCACAACUCCCAAGUUGGAGAUUCAAAGGGGCUCACACCAACUUGGACUUCGCCAAUGACUCUCAAAGCACUCAAAGAUUGAUCAAUGAUGAUCCAGAAUGCUGCAUUUGCUUGGCCAAGUACAAAGACAAAGAAGAAGUUAGGCAAUUGCCAUGUUCCCAUUUGUUCCACCUAAAAUGUGUGGAUCAAUGGCUUAGAAUUAUAUCAUGUUGCCCCCUCUGUAAACAAGGAUUACAAAGAUAA